AUGAGCUACGAGUGUAUGGAGUACCCAACGAUGGGUGGUACCGACACGCCUUUAUCCAUUUGCACAUCAACUCCAGCAUACUACAGCCCCACUAACAAAGGAAUGCCACAAUCGGAUCAGCAGCCACACACGUCGAAUGCUCAGUGGACGACGACGCACAGUCAGAACAACAUGCCAUACAUCAAGGAAGAAUUCCCGUCAGAGUAUCGAAUCUCAACUGGAUCAUCUGCACGGGCCCAGACUGCAAAUUACGUAGAUUCGGGAGCACCAAACGGACGCUUCUUCAACAACGUCAACGGCUACAACGCUCAACAUCAUCAUCAGCAGCAGCAGUUCUUUGAAUCCAGAGCAAGUGUGAGCUCGCCGGCGACAAGUGCGUCCCUCUCCAACUCGUCUCUGUCCCCAGAGUCUAUCAGCAGCGGACCUGUUGUUGUCAAUCCUCGACACCACCAUAUCACCAAAGUGACCACCUACUGCCGCAUCUGUGGUGACAAAGCCAGUGGUUACCAUUAUGGAGUGACAUCAUGCGAAGGAUGCAAGGGAUUCUUCCGUCGGAGCAUACAGCGAAAGAUUGAUUACCGGUGUUUGAAACAGCAAUUCUGCGAAAUCCGCCGUGACAGCCGCAACCGAUGUCAGUACUGUCGAUUCAAAAAGUGUCUUGACGCCGGGAUGUCGAAAGAUUCUAUCCAGAUAUCAACUCAAUUCUUUUUUCCAGCAGUUCGUCAAACCAAGAGAAACAAACCGCCAACUUCUGAUAGAACAGUAUCAUCCACUGUCAAUGUGGAGCCGGAUGACCACAUCAUUUGCGCUGAUCGUAUUAUUGAUCUCCAUUUGAAAACUUGCAACUAUACGUCACAAAAAGUGGCGACGAUGAUGAGAAAGCCGUUCAACUUGGCUCUUGGACCAGACCACGACACAAACCGACUCAACGCCUGGAAAGUGUUUGGUCAUAAUAUCGAAAUGGAGGUUCAAAAUGCCAUCUACUUUGUGCGCGACAUUCCACGCACGGAAUUUGUCUCCGGUGAUGACAAGGCUGCGCUUCUUAAGAAGAACAUUUUUGGAAUCUACCUCUGUAGAAUCUUCCGGUCCUUGUCAGAAGAAGGAAUGGUUAUGCAUGAUGGUCGCGUUACCAAUGUGCCAACUCUUCGUCUGCUUUUUGGAUGCCUAGCCGACGAGAUGAUUCAAUUUGCGGUUUACUGCCGCAACAUCGGAGUCUCUGACGCUGAUAUGGCGAUCCUGGCUGCUCUCGUCUUGGUUCAACCAGCCGGUCUGGAUUAUAGACAGGACGUGCAGAACAAGGGUCCCCCAGGGCUCGCACAACUCAUCCAAUUCUUCCAAAACAUGAUGCACAAGAAGCUAUGCAGCCAUCCGAAUGGAUAUGACAUUGUUUUCAAUUUCCACAAACUCGUUCCCGCCUUGAACGGAAUUAAUAACAUGCUCGAUGAAGCCUUUGUCAAAUUUCUUCGAGAUCACAAAGAAUCGUUGAGCCUUCCUGCUCUUUUCCUUGAAGUCUUCAGAUUGAAUGAGCGUCCACAACAAUCUCCAGUCUACUAUAACCAGGAGAACCAAUAUGUUGUGCCACAAGACUGCAGAAUGGCUUCUGGUGACCAACAGGAGCAAUUGAUGGUUGUUCCAAAACCUGAGAUUUAG